ACAAGCAACAUAUACCACAGUGCCUCAUUUGAAAAAUUCUAAACGGAAGCCUAAUACAAGUGAUCCAAUAGCGUGAAUCGUGCUAAGAUAAAAAGACGAUCCAAAAUGUCUCGAUCAUUUCUAGUGGAUUCGUUGAUCAGUGAUAAACCAACGCCAGUGAAACGCAAUGUGUACAACUACAACCAGUUUACUCAGUUACCGGUGACUCCGCCGGUUACUUUACCUUAUUCGGCGUGUUACGUCGGAAGUUAUCUGUUUUCACUUGGACUACAGCAGCAGCAACAGCAGCUACAUAUUCCGCAUCCGCAGCUGCCGCAACCACAUAACCUCAGCUUGGAUCUAUCGCCGAAACUGUACCAACCCACUGACGUCCCGCCCCAACAUCUGUCACCCAAAGAGGAUUACUAUCGCAAGUUAUAUCGGUGCGAGAAAACCCCGGAACGAUUCUCCCCAUACUCAUCGCCCCCAACGAAUGGGAAACGUCCGGCUCCAUCCGUCAGCAAAUCUUCCACGCCAUCUCCAACCCCGCUGGAUGGAACAACUUACGCGAUCGACGACGAGCUGUCAAGCAAACGCAUCCGCACAGCUUUCACUAGCACUCAGCUGCUAGAAUUGGAGCGAGAAUUCGCCUCCAACAUGUAUCUGACCCGACUGCGGCGAAUCGAAAUCGCAACCCGGCUGCGCCUGUCCGAGAAGCAAGUUAAAAUCUGGUUCCAAAACCGCCGCGUUAAGCGCAAGAAGGGAGAUGGGCCGAUCUGUACCAGUGCAGCUGCCUCAUCACCGAUCCAGCAGCAUCACCCAUCACCAUGUUGCUGCAAGAACACCGGCUGUGGGGGUAAUAGCUCAGAUGGCGAGGAUAGCAAUAGUCAAACCCAUGCCCCCCAGCAGGAGCUGGAGCAGAAGCCGAAGGUCGAUGCGGCCCAAAUGCUCCAACGGCAUGCAUGGGAUUUCAGCAGAAGUUUUCAAUGAUUUACGAUAGAGAGAGCGAGAGUUAAGAGAUCGUUUACCAGUGUUUUGUAAAUAGAAGUGAGUUAUGCAAAACUGUAAAUAUUGUAACAUGCCGUAGUUAAUGUUGACAGAAAAUCUAUUUUGUAGCAUUUAUUGAUUAUAAUUCAGAGUA